CUGCCCCCCCUCGGCCCACCCUUCCCCCUCCCGCCGGUGUGUGUUUACAUCGGGCAGGAGGAGCCGGAGCCCCAGCGCCGGGGGAGACGGGGACGUAGCCGACGGCCGCCCGCCCUCCAUCCCGCCGGGCGGUGCUCCGGGAGACGCGGCAUGAAGGGACCGAGCUUAGAAACACAGAUGGUGGAAGAUGAAACUGAGACAACAAGUGAAGAACUGCCACCUCAUCUGCGGGAAGAGCCUCCUGAAGUACUGAUAGGUGAUUGCCAGUCUCCAUCAGAAAUAAGCCUCCUGAUUCCAUUUGAGGGAGGACCGUGUAGAGAAAAUGUAUGGCGAGAACUUGUGAGACGCAGCCUGUCACUUCCAGGAGAUGCCAGCAAGGACCAUCCACAGCAGCAGGCAGGGGUGAUCUGGAGAGUGACGGGCGGCCUGUUCAGUAUCACCCGGGGAGCCGUGGGGGCCACGUUGGGAGGAGUUGCCUGGGUGGGCAGCAAGAGCCUGGAGCUCACCAAAACAGCUGUGACCAGCGUCCCCGCUGCUGGCGUUGGACUGGUGAAGGGCAGCGUCUCGGCAGUGACCGGCAGUGUUGGAGCCGUGGGCAGUGCGGUCGCCAGCAAAGUCCCUUUCACUGCAAAGAAGAAGGACAAGGCUGACUAAUCCCCAUCGCAGCUCCCUUCCAAAAGAUCGACCUGCCCAUACUGUCCCCCUACACAGCACCUCUUUGAGUUGGAACCAGCCGCUUCAGGGAGGGUCAAGCACCCGAGCAGACUCCAGCUGCAGCCUGCUCAGCGCCGCCUGCCUGGCUCAGAGCUCACAGAGCCGCUGUCAAUGCCUUUCACUCCCAUCACCUACGGGGAACCAUCUCUGCUCCGAGGGCUCCGUUGUCUCUGUCUUGCAGUUUUCUUCCUCCCUUCUUGCACUUGUAAGCACAGAGGGGUGGGGGAUGGCAUCAGGCUCCAUCUGCCUGGAGGUUGGGGGAGUAACAGGGGAGGGGGAGGAACCAUGCCUGGCUCGAAGUGUGGGUUGUGUAGUCGAAUUCAACUUCAGCUGGGAAGACAGCCUCUGAAACACCCCUUCCCUUGGCUCUGGGAGGUGUGUUUGGGGGGUCUGCCUUGGGGAGAACUGUAGAAGAAGGUCCCAUUGACACAAAGGAGAGAUACUGUGAAGAGGGGGAAGCCUCCCUCCUGCCCUGCACUUCUUACCUUUUCUUUGCAGGGCCUAUCCCACAGGCUGCUCCCAAUCACUUACUCCCUGACUGAAUUGCACCCUUCAGAGAAGGGACCCUCAAGCUCAGCAGAGCAGCUCCAGGGAUGAUGCCACACAAGAGUAUCGUGUCCCGGGUCAGCAACUUCUGCACAGAUUUUCUUGGUGAGAGGCAGGAGGAUAAAAGCUGCUGUAUGUUCCCAUUUGGGGAUGGAGCUGAUAGUGGCAUCUGCCGGGCCUCUUGAUAUGGCAGCACGGGUGGUGAUGCUCCACAGAGGGACAAACCAGGCCCUUGGGUUUGACCCUUGAAGUCCUGGCAGUAUCCCCAUCUGCAAUGGGCAUUUCGAUUCUAGGCCACGCACUCACUCCACAGACGUCAUUAGUAACCAUGAGCAAGCAUGUUCCCAAAUGCCACCCAAGUUCUGCUGCAGGGAGGGAGGGGAGGCCGAGAGCAUUGCUCUCCCUGUGACCCAGCACCCCGGCUGUGAGCAGGCUGUGCUGCGUUGGAGAACGCUUUCCCUGAGGGGCUGAGCAUGCUGCAGCUCAGCCAGCCUGUGCGGGGCACCAGCAGCUCCUCCUCCACGCGCUGCUCCCGGGGCUCCAGCCCGGCUCCUCUAAAUGACCGUGUUGCACCAAAUAGCCCACCCACACUCGUAGUGCCGCAGAAACCCAGACACCUGCAUUCAUCUGGGAGUCACAGCCAUCCUCAGCCUGGCCCGUGAUGCUCAAGGGGCCAUGUGGCAUCACGCACGCGCACACACGUGCACACACACACACACACAAACUCACUCCAAGGUCCCCAGGCUCCACCAUUAAUUCUGCCGCUCCUGGCUUUGGCAGGUGAUUAGCCUAGGUCGUUAGGUGUUGGAUGCAUAGGCAAGUGAAGCAGUGCUUGUGCUGUAUUUUAUAAAUAUGCAUCUGUGUUAGCGUGUGUGUAUGUAUCAGUCCACAGGCAUGUCUUCAGCCAGGUAAAUAAAACUGUGCCACUGCCGCGGAGGAGUUUACAUAGUCAUCUUCGGCACUACCAGCGUAUAGUUUUUAUAUAGGGUCUUGGUCAAAAUAAAAAUCAUGUUUUAGAGGAUGUUUUCCCCUCUGUUGCCCAAGAGCGUAGCUUAUUGAAACCAAAGGAAUGUGAAAAAUCCCCUUUCUCCCGUCUAUGCGGUUUGUUUAUUUUCUGCCCUAUCUUUUGGACACUGAAGCCAGCUUCCUUAAUCUUAAUUUCCCAUUGGAGGUCAUUGCGCUUCCUGGCUGAUCUCUUGUGCUUAGGACUCAGACAUCAGGGAAUAUUUAAGUACACCGCCCCCACUACCCACCCCCCCCACCACCAUUUUUGCUGAAUGUUCUUGGGCUUGUGAAGCAGUUUUAUUCUGACCUUUAUUAAAUCCACAUUUUGGGCCUGACUUAAGUCGCUGUGUUCGUGUGCAAGUCAUGCUGGUGUUAGUUACUCUCCAGACCCUUCGCUCGGUAGUCCCUGCUGUUUGCAGUGGCAAGAAGUUGCUGAUCUCCACAGUAUGUUACUCCUGAUAGCAUGAGAGUGGUUUAACCUACGUCUUUGUUUCUGAAGAGGAAACGGCAUUUGGUAUGUGUGUGCAUUUCCUCGCUUUGUCUCUUUUGUUCUGGUGAAGGCCAAGUUGACCCAGACGUGUUGGUUUUGUCUCUGAAGGCAGUGCCUUCACAGAAAGAUCAGGCCUUGAUGUGUGCCUGCACUUUGCUGGGAUGCUCGUGGCAGUUGGCAAGGCCAGGAGAAGUCUUGUCUGUUCUUCCUUUGUCUCAAAUGCCCUGCAAAGCAGGAGGGCAGGUUGCACUGCGUGGAUCUCUGCUCACUGCUCUCCCUGAGCGCAUCUCAUUCCUUAUUCCAGAUCACAGGCUGCUCCUGAAGCCAGCUCUAACCCCAAAGCUAAAAGCCGCUUGUGCGUAACUAGCUGUGCUGUCACCAACCCUCUUAGAAAGAUAGUUUCUUACCAGUUGGGACAGAAGACAGUCUUCUGCCUAACUGCCUCUCCCAGGCCUUGGGCAGGUGAUGGGAAGCUCAUCAUGCUUUUGGCUAACCAGUAUCCCACCAGGCUUUUGCUGGGGAAGGCAAUAAAUCCUUCCCAAGCCGUUGUCCGCAGGCAUGUAAAAUAGGAUGAAGGUGCGUUAAUGAAGGCCAUAGGGAUCCUUAGGGUCUCCCACCUUUUUAUUUCUGCUUUUCUGUGCGUCCUUGCAGUAAAUGGAGUAAAAGUCUCCAUUUGUCUGGAACUGCCAUUUCCUUGCGGGAUGGCCUGGAGAAUGGGAGAAGAGGUAUGAGGAGAACUCACAACCUAAAUCGCUGUUCUUAGAGUCCAGCCAACAGAGAACUCGUGGACCAUUAAUAGCAAAAGAGACCAAAUUAACAGGCAGCAGUAGAAGAUUAAAUCUACUCCCAAAGCAGGGUCUCACACCACUUAACAGGCGUUCAGGAAUACGUAACUAUGCAGGACUCAAAGGCCUCUGGAGCGUAUGUCUCUGUUGGCAUGCCAGAUCUGCUCGGUUCAUCCGGGUGACCCAGCCCCAGGCUGCUUCUCUGGGCACUCAGUACCAGAGCAGAAGGAAAACAGCGUCGGUGUUCCUGGUCUAAGAGCACAGGUGCCUCCUGACAGCUUUGGUUUUUUUUUCAUGGUCUCCCCAUGGAGGAGGUGGGAUGUGGCCCUACACGCAGCCCUGUGUCCCACCAUGGCUGGACAUUCCCUGUGCCCACGGAACAUGUCCCAGCCGAGAGGAGACCCUCUCCUCCCUUUUCCCUUGGCUCAUCCUAUUGUCCUUCACUUUCCUUUUUUAUCCCUCCCUUAGCUUUUCAUCUUGCCCCUGGAUAGAGCUCUCUAAAGCUCCCACCGAGACCUUCGUCAAACAUCCACGCUCAUAUUGGCUGGGAGGGCAGAGAGGGUGACUCUGCCCCCCACAGCUCCCCUGGCUGGGAGAGACACGCAUGUCUUCCACCCCUCUCCAUCCCCUUGGUUUGUGUGUGGAAAAUCUUAACCCACUUCUUUUCCUCUGGGUUCCCUGGUUGGCUCUUGUCCCUGUGGGUGGGUCAUUUCUGUGUUUCCAUUGCAAAGUCAUCCUUGUAAAAACAACGAGUGGGAACGUGGAAAUGGCUAGAGAGAGCCACAGAGCUGCUGGGACAGAUGCCAGGGCCUGACUCUGCUUCUCUAGGAGCCAAGGAGCCCUUUGGCAACCCAAAACCGUCACUGCGGCCAUGCGGUCCUGUGCAUGGUGCUGGGCUCCGGAGAACACUUUUGUUCUUUUAUCAUUUCAUUGUCUGUAAUUGGUUUCCUACUGAAUUUGUUUGCUUGGUUUGUUUUGCAGUGUGUUUCUGGGAAUAUUCUGCAUCUCUGUAUUUUAAUUACAGUAAAA